ACCCAGGUGAGGUGACCAGAGUGCCUCUCUGUGGCUGGGGCGGCGGGUGUAGGCUUCUUUGAGCGCAGUUAGCUACCAUAUAGGGCUCAAGGUAAAAGGACAGACGCCGGAAAGGGUGCUGACUAAUCGGCCUCCGUCCUCAGCGAUGCGGUGACGCCCCAAGCCACCAUGGCGGCGGCCCACGAGCUGACUUUCCACGAAUUUGAGGAAGCCAGUGAUCUUCUGGUUGAGACCCCAGAUGCAGCCACCCUAAGCAGAAGUGAUCAGCUGACCCCACAAGGACACGUGACUGUGGCUGUGGGUUCAGGUGGCAGCUAUGGAGCUGAGGAGGUGGUAGAGGAGGAGAGUGACAAGGCAGCGCUCCUACAGGAGAAGCAGAAGCAGCAGCCUGGAUUCUGGACCUUUGGCUACUAUCAGAGCUUCUUUGAUGUGGACACCUCACAGGUCCUGGACCGGAUCAAAGGUACACUGCUGCCCCGGCCUGGCCACAACUUUGUCUGGCACCAUCUGCGGAAUCAGCCGGAUCUGUACGGCCCCUUCUGGAUCUGUGCCACUCUGGCCUUUGUCCUGGCCAUCACCAGCAACCUGACACUAGCGCUGGCCCAGAGGAGGGACCCUUCUAUCCACUAUAGCCCCCAGUUCCACAAGGUGACUGUGGCCGGCAUCACCAUCUACUGCUAUGCGUGGCUGGUGCCACUGGCGUUGUGGGGCUUUCUAAGGUGGCGCAAGGGCAUCCAGGAGCAUAUGGGGACCUACACCUUCCUGGAGACCGUGUGUGUCUACGGCUACUCCCUCUUCGUCUUUAUUCCCAUGGUGAUGCUAUGGCUCAUUCCCGUGCCAUGGUUGCAGUGGUUGUUCGGGGGCCUGGCACUGGCCCUGUCAGCCACCUGGCUGGUGUUCACCCUGUGGCCUAUUGUCCGUGAGGACACCAGGCUGGUGGCUGCGGCACUGCUGUCUGCUGUAGUACUGCUCCACGCCCUGCUGGCCUUGGGCUGUAAGUUAUACUUCUUCCAGUCACUGCCUCCAGAGUACUUGGUACCUCCAUCCCAAGUCCCAUCUCUGCCCCCAAAUGUACCACUGCCACCUACCCUACCAAGGUCCAUGGCCACCUCCUAGGAAGACCCAGGUCCCACAGGCAAAACCUAAGAGGACACAUCUGCUUGUCAGCCCCACCUCAACCAAAAGUGAACACAUCUGCUUGUCAGCCCCACCUCAACCAAAAGUGAAGGCUCCUUCAACAUCUCAAGAUCACUUGAUUGCUUUCCAAACUUUUCUUACAAAGCAAACACAUUUAUUUUCUAUGCAAAGGUGAUUCAGAGAAUUUAUAUAAAGGUGGGGAAUGGGCAGGGAGCUUCCAGCUGGGACAAGGCUGGGAGGACUCCCACACCCCCACUGCCUGCUGGGCCCCCUACUCUCCCUGACAUAACUCAACUCACUGGCCACAAGAGGGAGGGCCAGGGGCAGGUCUGGGUACUUACAUGACAGGCUAGGGGCCUUGGCCUGAGCUCCAGCAUCUGAGUUUGGGGGAGGAGAAGAAAACUGCCUGUGCUGAAA